GCCAGAAUAAACCAUACAGGCAGCUUACGGUAACGAACUAUGCCUCCACUUGCGAUUCAGAUGCCAACCAUUGAGGAAAAUACGUCUUCUGUGUCUGAACCCCCUGCAAUGCCGGUCACCGAGGAAACUCAACCCACCGCGCAACCCGAGAAACCAACUCCAAAGUACCAAUUCAAGGGCCACGAAAAUCAAAUUUUGGAUUUCGUCUUCUUGCGCGACAACGUCCACAUCGUGAGUGGAUCGUUGGACGGCAGGAUGCGCAAGUGGAACUGUGACACAGGGCUUCUCGUUGGGAAACCUUGGUCAGGCGAGGGCGGAAUUAUACAUGCACUGGCUCUUUCACCGGAUGGGAAGACAAUUGCAUGCGGGAGGGACGACGGAAGCGUUCAGCGGUGGAACACCGAAGGAGAGAUGAUUGAAGGCAUUUGGACAGGUCAUAAGGAGUUGAUACGGUCACUGUCGUGGUCUCCUGAUGGAAACCAUAUUGCAAGCGGAUCCGACGAUGGAACAAUCCUGAUUCGAAAAGUACUUGAAAGCGGAGAAAUCGAGGUAGGUCCGAUCGAAACGAAGCAGGAUGGUGUGCUUGCACUUGCAUAUUCACCUUCAGGCGACAAAAUCGCAUCAGGCGGGAAGAAUCAGACAAUUUGUAUUUGGGACUCGAAGACAGGCGAGCUCGUCAUCGAGCCCAUCGGAGACCUUGGGCACUAUGUGUGGUCUGUGGUGUGGUCCUUGGACGGCACCAAGUUGUAUGCCGCCUUGGGACAUUUCGCACGCGCUUUCGACAGUAGUUCAGGCACAGAACUUUGUAGCUUCGAGCACACUCAUCCGCUGAUUUCUGUUGCGCUUUCACCCAAACACAACGUGCUAGCAUGCGUGGGCAUAGGAAGUAUUGCACGACUAUGGGAUACAAAGUCCCGUCAGCCACUCGGUCAGCCAUUUAAUCAAGAGGACGGAAUCGCUUUGUGCGUGGCAUUCUCUCCGGAUGGCAAAUAUGUAGCAUAUGGAGGAACGAACAACACAGUCACUUUGUGGGUGGUAAAAGAGAUAGCUCCAGAGAUUACAUCGCCACCGCCGUCUUGCCUGGAAGUCGACGCUACGAAUCCUUUGGCACAAUCGGAGAGUGAUGGUCAUGGCGAUUUUUUUCAGUCUUAUCCUCCUUCGGCACCACCUGGCCCAUCUCAUCGUUCCCAGAAUACUCAAUCAUCCUCCGCUCGCCGCUUUUGGAACAUCCUCAUCCCCUUUCGACAUGGUCCGACAGCAAGUGAGUCCAUUGCGCUGCAGCAACAUCCCAGACGCAGUUUCUUUGGGGGCCGCUCGGGAUCACGGCCUGUAACAGUCUCCGCUGCACAUAAAAUCAAGAGGCGCUGGAUAGCGCGUCCCCCUGUGGAGACUAAUGCUCAGGCUGGUCUAUCGUCCUCAACGAUAACACACGCUGCAGCGCAGCCAAACUCGAUGCCUCAGCUUCCUGAGGCACAGUCGACAACACAGCAACUUGCUCAUAGUUGUUGGGGAAAUUUUUGCCUUGCACUCGGGUGCAUUCCACGCCGCCCUCUUCCUGUUGUCUCCGCUGCUCAGCCUUCUACCUCGUAACAUCACAUUACCAAGUGUGUUUCAUUUUUUCCUACAUAUCAGUCUCGUUAAUAUUCAUUUGUUUUGGUUUUUAAUCACCUUUCAUUCUCUACAUACCUCAGAUUUCUUACUAUCGCUCGCAUGCUGCAUGCGUGUCUGGCUGAUGAUCAAUGGUAUAUGCUCUACUGGUACAUUCUGAAAUACUUAUUAUUAUAAAUGAUUUGACAAGGACUUGUAAAUUCAUAUUUACAGUGGUG